CUGUUCAUUGGGAAAAUGAUUUUCACAGACAUUAUCAUCCCACAGGUUUCAAGAAAACCAGUUGCGGUUUGGAAUAUACAAACAUCGGUAUUUCCACACGUUAAAGCCAGCAGCUCGUGGUAGUCUCGCGAAACUCGCGUUCAUACAGUCUGCUGUACAUUCCGUGCUUUAAAAAAAACCUUGACUGUUUUAUCUCAUUAAUGUUGCAUUUUGUGGAAUUGCGAUUUUAUUUGCGUGUUUAAAUAGAGGAUUUUACUUUUCACAAAAUUGGUAUUUAGUUGCUUUUGACGGUUACUUAAGUUGUGUGUUUUUUCUGUCUUGGUUCAAUUCGUUGGCACGGAAAUUUAAUAUGGAAACGCUUAAAGUGAUCGUGAUAGUUUUUCUUAUGGCUAAUUACGCUGUCGAUUGUCAAAUGUCUACUGAUGAUAACACCUGGAAAUUGACGAUCUCAAACCUGACGAUCUUUUUGGAAACGGGGCCCAGAGCCGUAGGACCACGACAGUAAAACCUGACGAUCUUUUUGGAAACGGGGCCCAGAGCCGUAGGACCACGACAGUCCUGCGAUUCUUCUACGUGAAACUAACGGCAGUUCUAAGAAUGUCCGAUGACGUGUUCCACCAUCUUCUCUGGGAGAGUUGUGACACUCAGGUUUGUGGUUCUAAUCGCUUGAACAUUCAGUGUGAUCCUACUUCCUACAUUCUCAUCAACAACGUCACUUCCGGUGUUAGCAAACAGUAUGACUUACUUAGCUACUCCAAUCUUCGUCGAUCUUGUCUCGGACUCUCCAUAUGCAAAACAAGCGAUCCUAACGUAUUUUGUAGGAACCAUGAACGGCCCUCGAAGCUAGGCACUACGGUUUCGUUCAACGUUAGUUACGUCUGCGUAAAAAUGGAGAACGUGUACAAGUCCUGUGACCCAGCAGCUUCAAUUGAAAACAAAGUCGGAUUCAUUUUUAGUCCAAAUUACCCAACCGAAACGAGAUAUAGAACCUGUCGAUGGAAGAUAACCGUGCCAGAGGGCCACUUCGUGCACAUCUACCUGCACGAGGUUCUUCCUAAAACCAUGAACCCCGAGCAGUGCACUGACGGACUUCAUUUCAGCUCGAAGAACACAUGCGGCCAACCUUUCCCGACUUACCCAAUAUGCUAUACACAGGGUUUUGAGCAAAUGAUAGUCUCCUGCAGUACCGUGGAGAUUCUCCUUCUUCCCUCCACCGACAGCGAUACAGGCAUCCGCUUCUGGCUUUCUUAUCACGUGGUUACCUCCCCUGAUUUGCGACGCGUGUCAAUGUUCAAGACGGAUAUCACGUGUAACGUGUCUCCCUUGGAUACGUUUAUAUACCGGGCAUCGGAAAUCGAAAAUAAAACAGUAGUAGUAGAGGAGAACACUACCAGCAAAGUGCUGCCACCUGUUACACCUGCAGAGGUCAAAACCAGUGGCCAAACUGAUUAUGUUGUGUACAUCGGUCUGGCUGUGGGCAUCUUCAUCCUAAUUGCGAUCAUUGUUUUAGCCAUAUUGCUUCUCAGGUUCCGAUGCAGCCAUUUGUUGAUCAGGGACGAUAGCAAGAAGGAAACUGGAAGUAUAUCCAUGUCAAACUCCCUUACGAACUGUAGCGAAAUACAGAAAAGACCGCUUCCGGAACGUCAAAGCACUUGCAGUAAGGCGAAUGCAUUGCAGCCAUUUUCAGAACCUGAUACAGUGGUGGGUGGUGGCUUAGCUUUGCAACAAGCAUACAGUGUGGUCGCGGACGAGCUUCCCCGUACCCAGACUCCGCCCGUAAACCCGGUUUACUCCACCUACGCCGAGAUAGAAGAGUGCACGGACACCGCUGACAAACCUAAUCCCCCACUUACUAGCAAACGAUCAGUGGAUAACUCGAAACGUGAGCUCCCUGCAAAACCAAAGGAUGACAACCCCAGUUCGAUCUAUUUUGAGAUAUAUGAUGUAGAGGCAAAGGAUGCCAAGACUGAAAAAGAUUCUGUUGAGUAUCAGAAUAAACGGAACCAGGAGAGUGCGGAAGUUCCGAAAUAUGGUUAUAAAAAGAAGCUGUCUAAUGCGAGUAAUAUAUACGCUGAAUGCGAGGAGGUCCCCGGAAAGGACGCGAAAAGAGAAAAACCAUACAUGGAUAUGUCUCAUAAGCGUCUAAAUGACUCCGGGUAUGAAUCUCAUGCUAAAGACACCAAAGAGAUUUCCACGCCUCAUUCGAAGUUGUCUAAAGACAAGGUGAAUUUAUCGAAGAAGUCAAAAGUGUCGGACAACAGUUCAAUCAGAAAAAAUCCAUUUGUUGAAUCUGAUGCUAAGAGGAAACUAGCUGACAAGGGGAAAGGUCAUAGUAAACAUUCAGUUACGUCCGAAUCAGACUCAGAAGAUGAAAUUGUUGUGGAAAAUGAAUUAUAUGAACCAUUUGAGUCUGCUAAAGUUUAAUUUCUGUUGUUCUAACAAUGUGUGUAUACUGGACAGAAUGUGUAAUUCCGUUGUAAAUGACUCGAUAGGGCAUUUGAACAUGGACCUAUAUGUGAUUAGUUAGUUAUCGUACAUUUGUUUACACAAUAUAAAUGUUUUCAAAGGUUUAUAUCAUUAAAUGUUCAAUAAUU